UCUUGCCUACACAGAGGCUAUCUCUCGACUCACUUUUAUCACUCGUGUUUAACUUCCACACUGAAGUUUUCUCUCACUAUAUUUUCUCACUCUCUAACACUUCUUUCACAAGACUUCUUUUGUGAAUUUUGGGAUGCUCUUCAAGCUGCUGCGAUGCACCCAUUUAUAGCCUCCAUGUUUGUUGAUUCCACCUCACAUCCCAACUUUCUCAAAGUUGAUUCCACCUCACAUCCCAACUUUCUCAUAGUUAAUGGGGCUGCACUUUCCUUUUGGUGGUGGCAAACAACUUUCUCAAAGUUGUGGUGGUGGAGCCUCCAUGUUUUGGCUAACAGGAUGAUGGUUCUAGAAUUUAAAUUGGGUUGGAUGCUUGGUUGCCGGAUGGUUUUGGCAAACUUCAGACUGCUCGAGUUCAUGACAGAUGGGCAAACUAUAGGGUGGUUGAUCUUCUGUUGGAUAAUAAGCCAAGUUGGGAUAUGUAGAAGUUGGCUAACAUCCUCCCUGGGAAAGAUUUAUGGAAGUUCACUGAGAAUAUGUCUGUGGAUCCCUCUAUUCCGGACAGACCUUUUUGGCCUAAUGGAAGGGGUAACAUGUUUUCUGUGAAAUCUGGAUAUCUUUUGGCUUGUUCUCUUAGAAACCGAAAUUUUGCUUCAACUUCAAAUGACAACGCUUGUUUAUGGAACUGGGUUUGGGCGUUGGAGGUCAUACCGAAAGUUAAAUUGUUCCUUUGGAAAAGUUUAGUUGGGGCUCUUCCUACGUCGGGUGCUCUCUUGGACCGAUCUAUCCCUGUUGAUCCAAUAUGUCGCCGUUGUGGAGAAGGCAUGGAAACUACUGAGCAUGCUCUACGCGACUGUCCAUGGGUCGCCUUUCUUUGGGAGAUGUCUCAUCUCCAUCUUCCUCCGAUGAACUCGACAGAUUUUUGUUCCGUAAAAGAGUGGAUUGAUCGGAUUAGGCUUGUGCCGAAUAAAGAAGUUCACCAAACUUUUGCUAAUCUGAUCUCACAGUGUGCGACUUGGAUGAAACCAGUUUGCUCUCCUGUGAUGGGUCCCAAACCUGCCCAGGUUUUUUGUAGCCGAGAUGCACAGGUGAAAAUCAAGUGUGAUGCUGCGCUUGGUAUUGGGAUUGGAGUCGGAAUAGGGACUGUCAUGUUUGAUACAGAUGAAGUAUUGUUGGGGAACAGGUGUGGCUUUCUCCCAGGUGCUUACACAGCGGAAGAGGAGGAGGCUCGGACUAUCUUGGAGGGACUCCGUCUUUGUGCUGAAAAGGGAUUUACCGAUGCUAUUCUGGAGACUGAUUGCCAACAUCUUUAUUGGCGCCUUUGCAAACGGGAGGACGACUUAUCUUAUAUAGGCGUUACCCUCAGGCAGAUCUAUACCCUUAUGGAUUCUUUCUUGCAGAUUAAGUUCAGAUGGGCAUCUAGGAGUGAAAAUUCUAUUGCUGAUAGCCUUGCCAAGCAUGCUUUGCAUGAUCGUUUUAAUCUUGUUUCCGCUGAGGCUUUGCCGUUUGUUUUGAACUCUGCUGGUUUGAGUUAAUGUUAGUUUCCUUUUGAUUCUCAAAAAAAAAAGUCACAUUAAGUAAAAGUAGAAGCAAUUAUUAUUUCA